UCGGAUGUAGGCUCGGUUACGUACCACGUCCCCACCCACUACUUUUGUUUUCUCGCACUCACUACCAGCUAUUCAACUUCACCUGUAACUGCAACACGGCCCACUCGGUGAUCGCUUCUCUUCUCCCAAUCCAACUCAUCGUCGAUCAUCUCAGGGAUGAAGUUGGUUGCAUAUGUUCGUUUUUGGUUAUUGAAUGAAUUAUGCUAGUGUUCUGCUGCAAGUAUAUUAACAUACAUUGGUUACGAGAAUAUCUUGGAUGGGGGGAGCGUGUUCUAGGAAGCAAGAGCAGGACAAUGAAGAUGGUCUUACCAGGGGACUAUCACGAAGAUAUUGCAAAUGUGGGAGUUUGAAAUGGUGGACAUCCUCUUUUUCUUAUCCAUCUGUAGAUUUUCGCAUACAAAAAGGAGAAUGUCCAUCUCUGUUGGACUUGUGCGUCCAGAAAAUAACUGAGGAUAUUGAAAAAUAUGACACAUUUUCUGUGCUGCCACGGGAUAUAAGUCAGCUAAUUUUUAAUAAUUUGGUUUACUCCCGAAGUCUAACCAGUGCUUCCCUAGAAGCUUUUCGAGAUUGUGCUCUCCAGGAUCUUUACUUGGGAGAAUAUGAUGAUGUUAAUGAUAAUUGGAUGGGUGUCAUCGCAUCCCAGGGUUCAUCUUUACUUUCUGUAGACCUUUCUGGGUCUGAUGUCACUGAUUUUGGGCUGACAUACCUUAAAGAUUGUGAAAGUCUCAUGUCCUUAAAUCUAAAUCACUGUGACCAAAUUUCAGAUCGUGGACUAGAGUGUAUCAGUGGUCUGUCAAACUUGACAAGUUUGAGUUUUAGAAGAAAUGAUUCAAUUUCUGCUCAAGGAAUGAGUACCUUUUCCGGUCUUGUUAACUUGGUCAAGUUGGAUUUGGAGAGAUGUCCUGGGAUUCAUGGAGGCCUUGUUCAUCUUCAAGGUUUGACCAAGUUGGAAUCUCUCAAUUUAAAGUGGUGUAAUUGCAUUACAGAUUAUGAUAUGAAACCUCUUUCAGGGCUUGCAAGCUUGAAAAGUCUAGAGAUUUCUUCCAGUAAAGUCACUGAUUUUGGCAUCAGUUUUCUAAAAGGGUUACUGAAGCUUGCCCUAUUAAAUUUGGAAGGGUGCUUUGUAACAGCUGCUUGCUUGAAUUCUCUUGCAGAGCUUCCUGCACUGUCAAACUUGAAUCUUAGUAGAUGUAAUCUCUCUGACAAUGGAUGCAAAAAAUUUUCACGACUGGAAAAUUUGAAAGUAUUAAACUUGGGAUUUAAUGUCAUAACAGAUACGUGUUUAUUUCAUUUGAAAGGUUUGACACGUUUGGAGAGUUUGAACCUUGAUUCAUGUAAGAUUGGUGAUGAAGGACUGGUCAAUUUGGCUGGCCAUAAGCAAUUGAAAUGCUUGGAAUUGUCUGAUACAGAAGUUGGAAGCAAUGGACUACACCAUUUAUCAGGAUUGUCUAGCCUGCAGAAAAUAAAUCUGUCAUUUACCAUGGUUAGUGAUAGUGGUUUGACAAAAUUAUGCGGACUCUCGUCGUUGAAGUCACUUAAUUUGGAUGCUUACCAAAUUACUGAUACUGGAUUGGCAAAUCUUACAAGUUUGACUGGCCUCAUUGACCUGGAUUUGUUUGGUGCACGAAUCACAGAUAUUGGGACAAACCAUUUGAAAAAAUUUAAGGACCUGAAGUCUUUGGAAAUAUGCGGUGGAAGUUUGACUGAUGCUGGAGUGAAGAAUAUCAGAGAGCUUUCUUCUCUAGUGUGCUUAAAUUUAUCGCAGAACAGCAACCUUACAGACAAAACCCUGGAGUUAAUUUCUGGGCUGACUGGGUUGAUUUCUCUGAAUGUUUCAAAUUCUCGUAUCACCAGUGCUGGACUGCAGCAUUUGAAAACACUGAAGAACUUGAGAUCUCUGACAUUGGAGUCCUGUAAGGUGACAGCAAAUGACAUCAAGAAACUGAAAUCGGUAUACCUCCCGAAUCUGCUAAGCUUUCGGCCAGGGUAGUUAAUUUGGUAUUCUGAUCUGUGUAUAUAUGUCAGAAGAAUGGAAAGACAACCACUUAAGUGUACAUAGGCUAUAAUAAUGGCUUUAUGGAAGGUGUGACUCUACUUUUGGUGCCAAGCUUUCUUUUGUUUUGUUAUCAUUGUAUAUGAUGAAAAAGAAUGAUGCCACGGCGUGUUUUAGUAUUUAAGGUGAAAAAUUGGAAAAUGAACUUUUUAUCGAGCAGAUCUUAAUAGAUUAAUAAUUAACUUAUUUGACACGUUUGAAA